AUGGUACAACAGACAUCAGCAAAUAUCGAGCCAGUGUUCGCGGCAGGAUGGGACUCGGGAGAUAUAGCUUGGGUGCUUGUCUCCACAGCGCUUGUGUUUAUGAUGACCUUCGGAUUGGCGUUCUUCUACGGGUCGCUAUGUCGUGAAAAGCAUAUAAUCGACACGCUUACUAAAACGUGUCUCGUUUUAGGUCUAAUAUCAAUACAAUGGGUCCUUAUCGGCUUCAGUUUUGCAUUCGGAGGCGACGGACGAUUUUGGGGUAACUUCGAGUAUAGUGCUCUUGUCAAUCUUGGCACGUCUGAUCUCGUUUUCGUCGGUUUCCAGAUGUCCUUCGCAGCACUAACCUCUGCUCUCAUUACCGGGGCGGUCGUAGGGCGUAUGAAACCCAUAUCAUUUCUCAUUUUUAUCUUCACGUGGACGACGAUUGUAUACUGUCCCAUUACCCACUGGGUAUGGGGCAAUGGCGGGUUUCUGCUAAAUCUUGGUGAAGUAUUUGGUAGCGACAAUGCCUACGGUGCGAUUGACUUCGCUGGAGGAUUCGUUGUCGAGAUUAACUCAGGUAUGAGUGCCAUAGCGUGUGCCUUGGCUCUUGGUAAGCGUCACAAAGCCGAUCGCGAUGAGGCGCCAGUGAAGUUGUCUUUGAAUCUUUUGGGUGCGACGAUGCUGUGGAUUGGGUGGAUGGGGUUCAAUGGUGGAUCUGCACUGGCUGCUGACGAUAUUGCUGGACUUGCCCUGAUCAAUACACAGAUCUGUGCAGGAGCGGCAAUGUUCACGUGGGGUUGUUUAGAUAUGACAUUCAAGAAAGAGUUUGAUCUAGAGGGGGCCUUGUAUGGCGGUGUUUGCGGACUUGUGAUCAUCACUUCCAAUGCUGGCUUCAUCAUCCCCGCCUAUGCACUUUUACAGGGAAUCUAUGGUGCCAUAUUAUCCUACAUAGUACUAUGGACUUGGAUGAAAUACGCACAUUUAUCUUUCAUCGACGACUCUCUUUACGUGUUCUGCUCUCACGGUUUCGGAGGUUUGGUAGGAACAUUCUCAACUGGACUGUUUGCUUCUAGUGGUGUAAACCCUAAUAUACCCGAUGGAGCUUUCUACGGCAAUUGGACUUUAUUGGGCUACCAAUGCUUUGGUAUUCUAGUGUCAUGUUCCUGGUCGUUCUUUGUGACAUAUCUUAUCAUGCUUGCACUUCGGUUUACGAUUGGCAUCCGUGCCGAAUACGAGCCUGAACCUAACGCAGAGGAGUUGAGUAAACUUGGCCUGCGAGUGGGUGGUGGAGGUAUCCUCGAGAAUUCGCUGAUCAUCCCCGGUCCUCCUCUAAUGACCGAAGUGGAACAAGGAUAUAACGAUGGUGUCGACGAUAAGACCAAGAAGAUCGAAGAAGCUGAGGCACGCACUUCCCACAGCGUAACCGUCGUUAGUUAGAGACAUAUCUUGUUAGUUAGAGACAUAUCUUAGUAUCGUGGCAAACUAUGCUAGAAGGGAGGUUUGCUAUAUCCAACUCAAUAUCGACUAAUUGUAAGCAGGAAGCAUUG